AUGGAACCAGUCGAUAACGCCGAUUGGGGAACACCGAUUGUGCCAGUGAUGAAACCAAAUGAUUUCAAAUAUCCAUUGCCCCGUAUCGAGGAGAUUUUCGCUUCGCUGCAGGGUGGACAGUUGUUCAGUAAAUUGGAUCUAUCGAAUGCGUACAAUCAGUUAGAAUUAGACCAUGAAUCCCAAAACCUUUGUACUCUUAGUACACAUUUAGGCUUAUUUAGAGUAAAGCGAUUAGCUUUUGGCAUAAAUCCAGCGGGGGCUAUCUUCCAAAAAACCAUUGAAACAUUGUUACGUGGUAUAGUCAAAACCAAGGCAUUAGCCCGUUCAUUCAUUUGGUGGCCGAAUAUCGAUAGAGGCAUUGAAGAUUUAAUUAAAUCAUGUCAUGCAUGCAGAUUACAACAGCCCAGUCCAGAAAAAAGUGCAUUGAUUCCAUGGAACGCAGCGGAUCAUGCAUGGUCAAGAAUUCACAUUGAUUAUGCAGGUCCAAUUCACGGAAAUUAUUUGCUAAUAAUUGUUGAUUCUUUUUCAAAAUGGAUUGAGGUGUUUAAAACAAAAACGAUUACAUCGGCAUGCACUAUCAAUUUUCUGAGAGAAACAUUUUGUAGAUACGGUUUACCCGAUAUAAUUGUCAGUGACAACGGAAGGCAAUUUACGUCAAAUGAAUUCGCGGAAUUUAUUAAAAAUAAUCAUAUCAAACAUAUUUUUACUGCACCUGGCCAUCCGGCUACAAAUGGCCAAGCAGAAAAUUCCGUAAAAACAGUAAAAAAGUCACUCUUAGCCAACUUGGACAAAAAACCAAUCGAUUUCGAUUAUUUUUUGAAUAUAUUUCUAUUCGAUUACCGCAUUAGUGUGCAUUGCACCACGGGAGUUUCUCCAUCACAAGUCAUGUUAAACCGAACAUUAAAAUCACGUUUUACAUUGUUGAAACCACCUUUGGUAAAGGAAAUCAUUGUUGAAGCCCAAAAGAAAAAUAUAUCGAAUUUUCGAGGUAAAAGAGAAGAAGCAUUUGAGAUUGGUGAUAAAGUAUACAUUCGUGACUAUACCAAUCCCAACAAGCCAAGCUGGACACCAGCGAAAAUUAAAGAAAAAUUUGGUCCUCGAAAUUAUGGUUGCGUAAUUACUCAAAACGGGAGAGAAAUAAAAAGGCAUUUGAAUCAAAUUCGUGAAAUAAGCACAAGUCAAGAUGUUACACCUGAAUUGAGUACAGCGGCCAUCAAACAGGAGACUCAGCAAACACGAGAACAUACGAAUUUAAGGAGAAGUACUCCCGAUACAAUAGAUGUUCACGCAGUGCCAUCGAAAGGGGAAGAGGUAGUUAAACCAGUCAACGAUGCACUUUAUUCGAACGACGACGCACGAUUUAAACGAAAAAGUUAUUGA